AUGCGGUCCCUGAGGAAGACGGUGCUGCUGGUGCUGCUGGUGUCGGUGGUGCUGGUCCUCGCUCUCCUGCACUCCUGGCCCUCUCGUGGUUACUCCACGGUGGACGUGUGGCAGCGGCGCGGUGCCCUGCACCAGGAUGACAGGUUCAACGACCACCAUCUCAGCGCCAUCCCCAUCCGUGUCCGGGACUCUGUGGCUGGGCUCUUGUCCCGGAACAGCUGUGUAUGUGAAGGAGACAGUGGAGGCCUGAACCUGCCUUUCUCUCAGCUGCUGUUUCCCAGAGUCUCCGCUCACUCCCUUCACACCUCAUUCAGACCCUCAGAGCUGGAGGAGCUCAAAAGGAGGCGUGCCCACGAGUUCGAGAGCUACCAGAGGAGAGCUCAGACGGCAGCUGACCUGCUCCUCAUCGCUGAGGCCAACAGUCCACUGCAGUUCCCCACACAGGGAGUGGAGGUGCGGCCACUCAAGACCAUCAUCAUCCCAGGUCUGGCACUGCACGACAGCCCCAGAGACCUCUAUACAGUGAACCUGACGGCUGGCCUUGGGACUCUGAACGUGGCGGCGGAGGUGGAGGCCGUGAGACUGAGAGGAGACGGCGAUAGUCACAUGACCAUCACAAGCUCCGCCCUCAACAGCCUAAAUCGACAGUUGCAGUUUGUGACGUACACAAACACACAGUUCCAUCCCAGUACAGCUGACACAGUUCAAUUUGAAACAGACCGACAUCAGGCCUCAUUCAUCAUCAAGAUCCGACACAGCACCACCCCCAAACUAUACAACACUGGAUCUUCACAAGAGUACAACGUGAGUGCUCUGGUGACAAUAGCCACAAAGACAUUCCUUCGGUACGAUAAACUUCAGGAUUUGAUUGACAGCAUUCGGAAGUUCUACCCCACAGUUACCAUAGUGAUCGCAGACGACAGCGAGAAUCCUCAGAGCAUAUCCGGACCCUUCAUCGAGCAUUACAUCAUGCCCUUCGGAAAGGGCUGGUUCGCUGGGAGGAACUUGGCCGUGUCUCAAGUGACCACUAAGUACGUCCUGUGGGUGGAUGACGACUUCAUCUUCAGCUCAAACACCAAACUGGAGAAACUGGUGGACGUGUUGGAGAGGACCACCCUGGACCUGGUGAGCUGUCUGGGGGUGGAGCUGCUCGACGAGGACCCCUGCUGUCUGGUACUGACGUCGCGCGGCACAAACUGCUCCGUAACGCGGUUCUUAAUGAGCGCCGCGACCGCAGAAGUGGUCAGGGCCUGGAGCAAUGAUGUUCUGCAGAUCCUGGAGACACAGAGGAACUUCCUCAAUGCUCUUCAGUCUCCAAUCGAGUACCAGCGGUCAUGCAGUUUGGGUCGCAGCUCGAAGCCUCAGACCUUGUCCACCACUGACCUCAGACCUCACUCCUCCAGCUCCAUGGACCGACACCAGAGCCUCCUGUUCUACAACACUUCACUACCGAUGCUGCACCCACACUGCCCUGCCACCAAAGCAAUUUCGAGUCCGUAUGAAGCCCAUAGAGCUCUCUCAGUCCAGCGCCCCCUUCAGGAAAGGAAAUGA